GCUGAUACAAUGUCUCUAAACUAUGGGUACAUGGGCACUACCUACCCCUAAGGUCAGGUACCCGGAAAGUGGCCUCUAAAAUACCCCGUAUCUUAGCAUCUGAUUGGCCCGAUUCAAUUACCGGACUAAAUCGAUAACGGGUUAAACCCCUGUAACGGUUGUAAAAAUGCUGUUAACAACAAUAACCUAGAAUUCUCCGGUUUCUGUAAUUCUCCCUAGAACAAUACAAUUCGUCAACGUUGCGACAACUAUCCACUUGCCAUGAACGCGUCGAGACACACUUUUGUAUACGCGCAAGUUCUCGGUCAAAAUGACUCUCCAGCCCGUGAAAGCCCCCGAAGAUGACAAGGAUGGAUCCUUCUUGUCUCCUGCCCGAUACGACGAUGACGUCUCGUCGCUACAUAGCAGCCGAAGCGACCAGGAUACCGAUAGCGAGGACGACGAAAUACUAGCCGCUGCGCGGAACAGUAGGGAGCUACGCGCACGCGAUCGCAUGGUUCUGAUGGAAGAGGAAGAAUUAGACCAGCUGAUAAUCGAUUCGCGAGCGAAAAAGGAACGGGAAAGGAGAGGGAGCAGUCUUCAGAGACGGGGCAGCAAUAUCGCGCUACCGAACCCGAUACGCCUGCUCAGAGGUUACAACAAGGUACGGUCUUCGAGUGCGAUAGAGGAUAACGGCAGUUCGGUCGAGGAUUUACACCAUGAGAAACGGAAGAAUAGGCGGACACGACGGACGGAAAAAAAGCACCGCUUAUUCAAGGAAGCGCGCGAUGGCGAGGAUGGACACCUCAUGUACGAGAUGGAGCAAGGGGGGCUUAAAGAUGGGAGUUCCACGGGCGAUAGCAGCGAGCGAGACGAUAGCGACGAACUCGACCGCAAACACUUGAUAGGAGUAUCCGCUGCCAAGACGGCGAAGUCGUGGAAGUGGAAGAAAUGGCUAUUGAUACAUGCUACUAUCAUAGUCGGUGCCGCGUUCUUGGCCCUCGUUAUUUGGAAGCUUUCCAUUAGCAAGAAAGGUGUUACUCCUCAGUUGGUCAGCAAUGGUACAGCUUUGUUCUUGCCGACUACCCUCAUUAUCAGCCUGGAUGGGUUCCGCGCUGAUUUCCUGAAUCGGGGCCUGACGCCGAGAUUAAACGCUUUCGUCAAAGAAGGCGUGUCACCGCUCUAUAUGACCCCGUCGUUCCCGUCUGUAACUUUUCCUAAUCAUUAUACUCUUGCAACUGGCUUAUACCCAGAAUCUCACGGUGUAGUUGGGAAUACAUUUUGGGAUCCGGAUUUGCAGUCCGAGUUUUUCUAUACAGACCCUGACCGGAGUCUUGACGCCAAAUGGUGGGGUGGUGAACCCUUUUGGGUGACCGCCGAGGAGCAGGGCGUCCGCACCGCUGUGCAUAUGUGGCCGGGGAGCGAAGCUCAUGUCCAGGGCAAAGACCCGAGCUUCUUAGACAAGUACAACGGUAAAGAGAAAUUACCUAAGAAGGUUGAUCGGAUCCUCGAGUUCCUUGAUAAGCCAGGCGUGGAGAAUCCAGAUGCGGAUCCCGCAGAUAUAAGACCGCAAAUAAUAGCGGCGUAUGUUCCUAACGUUGAUGCCGAUGGUCACCGCUUUGGUCCAAACAGUACCGAGAUACGAUCGACUAUUAGCGAAGUUGAUAACAUGCUCGACCAGCUCUUCCAUGGGCUGGAGACGAGAAAUCUUACCAAUAUCGUUAAUGUCAUUAUCGUCUCCGAUCAUGGCAUGGCUACCACGGAUGUCAGCCGAAUGAUACAAAUCGAAGAUCUAGUAGACAUAGAUAAAGUCGAGCAUCUCGACGGGUGGCCACUAGUCGGCAUUAGACCCAAGAAUCCGGAUGACUUGCAGCUGCUUUACGAACAAGCCGCCGAAAAGGCGAAAUCUAACCCCAAUUUCGACGUGUACUUAAGAGAUAAAAAUAUGCCAGAGAGGUAUCACUUUAGCAACAACAAGCGUAUCGCGCCUCUGUGGAUCGUGCCGAAGACCGGAUGGGCGAUCGUCAAGCGAGAGGAAUUCGAUAUUAAGGAAGCAAGAGCGAAGAAUCUUGUUUACCACCCCAGAGGUCUACAUGGUUACGAUCAUGAGCAUCCUCUAAUGAGAGCUAUUUUCGUCGCCCGCGGGCCUGCUUUCCCACACCAACCCCACAGCAAAGUGGAGGUGUUCCAAAACAUCAACGUGUACAAUAUCCUCUGCGACUCCAUCGGCAUGAAGGCCAUGCCCAACAACGGCACGUUGCAUCUCCCCUUGAAGAUCGUCGGUCUCCACGAUGCGGAGACGGCUCUCGAUGAGCCGGCGGACCCCGUUGUGCCCGAGUCAACUUCUUCUUCCACGGAUGUUGCGACGGCGGCAAUGUCUAUUCUCCCGGUACAAACUAGUUCCGAGGUCCCUCAGCCCUCGGCGGCGGCUGGCGUGGACCCUAACCCGGAAUCCGUUGCGAAUACAACCACCCCUGAUCCGGCUGCCGAUAAGCCCCAAGAGCAAAGUCCUCCAUCAGGCGAAGAUGACAAGGCCGAGAGCGAAGGCCCGCCGUCUUGGUGGGGAAACGCGUGGGAUUGGGUAAAGGAUAAGUUCGACGGAUUAGUUGACGCGGUUAAGGGGAUUGGCCAAUAGUUCCGUUCUUUUCUCAAGGAUGUACCUAUGCUGGUUGCGGUUUUUUCUUUUUCUUUUUUAGAUUUUCAUUUGUGCGUGUUGUUGAGCGUCUGCUAUACAAUAGAGGAUGUGUAUUUUGAUACAUUAGGUUACCUACCUCCUAAGGUAGGUACCUAACAUAAGGGGCAUUCAGUUGGAAAGGCAUUGGCGCUGGUGGCGUUUUUUUACAGUCCUAUCCAGCAUAGGGAUUUUUUUUUUCGAUUACCUAGGAUAUUUGCUAGUUUUCUCGGUGGAAGAGUUAAUUAGAGGCUUACCGUACGGAGAUACUUUGACUUCAUUUUCAUCAUGUCGUCUUGGAAGAAUUUGUGACGUGAUCUUACUCGCAUUGCAUUGCAAUAUAGGUACCAACCUAAGGCAGCUGGGUAAGCUGAGUUAACCAAUUGGUGUAUAUAUAAUUUGGUGUAAGUGGGCGUUAGAUAACUUGUAUACGUUGACGAGUUUGCGAGACUGAAUCGUCGUGCUCUGCGUAGAAAAUAAAGCCAUUCGUCGAUUGCAGCAAGCUGCCAAAAAUCAUCUAAGCCGUUCAGCUUCCUCUUUUUAAUAAUAUAACUUCGUUUUGGUUACUACCUAGGUACCUAACGCUGCGUUGUUGCGGUCAAGAGGGUGGUGGACUUAUGUACCUGUAUGCAGCUGCAGCCUGCAGAAACGCAGAUCAAGUGGGCCUUCAGCCGCAAAGGGC